CUGAAUGAUAGGACACGAAUAUCAUUAUCCAAUAACAUUAUCCAAUUAGGGACCCAAUCUCCAUUUCGCAUAUAUAUUUUUACUCAAAAAAUCCCUUAAUUUUCAAUAAGUUCACACCAACAGAAACUCAACUCGUUGCGUAAAACACAGCUAUAUCAAUCACAACACAAUUUCCUGGAACUUACAAUCUUUAUUACCCAAAAGGUUCAACACAGAGCCUAUAAAUUGUACUCAGCAACAAAAUUCAAAUCCAGAACAUCCGAAAAAGGCGACACAUAUGGACACUAAUCCUGCAACAAGUAUGCAAACCAAUAAGAGCAUCAACAGGAAAAGGUUUAGUAAUCAACAAGUUAAAUCUAUGGAAUCAAUGUUCAACUCAGAAUCACGACCAGGGUCGAAAACAAAGCAGCAGAUCGCUGAUGAGCUGGGACUCCAUCCUCGUCAGGUUUCUGUGUGGUUUCAAAACAAGAGAGCUCGAAGUAAGUCGAAGCAAACAGAGCGCGACUACAGCAUCUUGAAAGCUUGUUAUGACAGCCUCGCCUCUAAAUACGAGGCUCUUGAAAAAGAGAAUCAGCACUUGAUCAAUGAGGUGCAGAGAUUAAGGGGCUUUACAGAAAGGCCUAAGGGUAGCACAAGCGAUACAACUCCAGCUACAUGCAGCAGCAACGGAGAAUCUAUUUCUUUGAGCUCGCCAGAGAAGCACAUAGCUCAGCCCGAAGAUUAUGUUCAGGACAAGAUUAUGUGUGAGGCUGUAUUCGAAGGAUUUACGAAUACUGAAGAGGAGACAGACAACCAUGAAAACAUUGACAUGACGGAGAUGGGAGAUGGCAGUAUUCUCGAACCAACCUAUCUUAUUGAACAUAAUAGUGGCCUAGAUUGGUGGGAAUUCUGGACUUGAUACAGUCUAUGAACAUGAAGUUCAACACGGACUUUCCAAUAUUGAUUCUUGUUCGGAAGUUUUGAGCUAAUGUAAACAGUAGUUGAUGUUCCAUCUUUGUAAAAAAUUUGAAAUGGUGUGAUAGCACACCAAAUAAAAACGAAAAAAAAAAUCAAAACUAUACUA